AUGUCAGAUGUCCGGGGUUCAAAUCCCAGCUCGGCCGCUGGAUAUGCACUGCUGAUGAGUUCUAAUAAGAGCGAAACUCGAGUCCAGUGGUUCCGUUUGGCUAUUUUGACGGCAAUCGAUGCGCAGAAUCAUCUUGAUUUGGAUCGGAUUACUCAAAGUCUUGGACAAAUCUCCAAAGUGUUUGAAUCAAUGUCCGAAAGCGUCCAUUUGUUUUAUGAUGGAGCUCAGGAUUAUAUUACGAAGGUGUCACCGGACUGGGUUGUGAUCAUCCGCCCAACGAUUCAGGUAGCAUGUGGGAAAUACUCAAAACUUGUUGCACAUUUAGGUGUCCACGAGAAAAGGAGAAAAUUCGCUUGUGGUGGACCAAGUGCGGCUCAGUCCAUUUGUCUGCAAGCUAUUGACGCUUUUUUACAAAUCAAACACAACCUAGACGAUGAACAAUUUUUCGAGCAAAUGAGAACCUAUAUGAUCCCUGAACAUCGGCAAUUUUUAGAAGAUGUUGCGAAACAAAGUUGUAUCCGUCAAAUCGUGGAUUUGCACAAGAAUGCAGAAUUGAAUGAAGCUUACCUGACAUGCACCCAAACCGUACGUAAAUUUCGACAAGCUCACAUGGGUUUAGCAGACAAAUUUAUCAUUCAGCAGAUAGCUGUAAAUGUGGCCAGGGUGAAAGCACUAGAGACAUCCGGUACGGGAGGACAAAGUGAGACAAGUUUUGGAAAACAAUCGAAGCUUAUUUGUUUCAGGUCUGAAGUUCUUCUUGCAAAGGAUAAAGGACAAUACUGUCUAGUUACCAGUCCGUAUUUGACCUCUCAUAAAUACAAUACUUGUUCACUUUGUGAUUUCCAGAACUUUUCAACAUUAAAACGGAUGGGAAAAGUGUAG